AUGCGGGAAAAAUACAAGAUCGCCGUCCUCGGCCCGUCGGCUGUCGGCAAGACCGCCAUUGUGCAUCAAUUCGUCUACAACAGCUACGCCGAGGUGUACGACCCGACAAUCGAGGAGACGUACAAGAAGUCGUUUUUCUGCGGUGGCGCCCUCGUCGAUUUGGAGAUUGUCGAUACGGCGGGACGGGAGCACUUCCCGGGGAUGAUCGACAGAUAUGUCGAGAAUUCGGAUGCGUUUCUGGUCGUCUACUCGAUUAGCGAUCGACAGGGGUUCGAGCGGGUGCCGGAGAUGUUCACGAGGAUUGCGGGGAUUAGAGGACCGAAUGGGAUAGCUCGCGUACUUGUGGGAGCCCAAUGCGACGCAGCUCGUCGUGAAGUGGCACACGAAGAAGGCGCCAUUCUGUCAGCAGAGGCACAAUGCUCGUUCGCCGAGGUGUCGGCGAAGCACGGGCUGAACGUCACCGAGGUGUUCGAUGAGUUGGUAGCACAGAUGCGCUACAUUCGGAAACAGAGGACGAUGCCGGGGAUGAACACCCCAUUCCACCCGGGACCCCAUCCGGACCAGUGGUACGGUAGAAAGAAAGAAUCAUGGUGCUGUUUCAUG